AUGAAUUAAUUUACUUUCAUAAUUUUUACUUCAGAAUUCUAAGAACAAUUCGAUUCUUUUUACUAAAAUGUUGUUUGGUUUUUGGUAAUGAAUUUCCGUAUUCACAUGGUUAUGUUCUUUGAGAUCAAAUAAGGAUAAAUUUCAAAUAAAGCAUGUGAUUUAUGGCAUUGCAUCAUCUUGAAAAAAUUCCCUUUAAAACUAAAAUUGAAAAAUCAAUAUAGAUUAAUAUUAAUGAAAGCUAUUUAUUUGUUGGCAUUAAUUUGUUUGUGCCUUUGUGACGAUGUCACAUUGUAUUCAGUCGAUCAGAGAGUUGGAAAAUACUAAAUAAGCGAGGGUAAGUCUCCUGUUGCUUUGGCAUGGGGUGAUGUAAGAUGGAUGGGGCAAAUUGUACAUCUGGACAAUUUAAAGACAUCCUAUGCUGCCGGAUAUUUGGAAGGAUCAUUGACUUAUGAACACAUCUACAAUCACUUCUGGUCUUGGUACGAUUUUACUUUUGGAAAGGAACAACUGAGCAAUGAAUUGUCUUAAUAUUUAGUGGAAUAAUAUGAAUAUUCAAGACAAUUAGUCAAAGACAACAAAUCGGAUGAAUAUUAUGAAGCCUUAGCCAGAAUCUUAGCAUAAAAUGAUGGAUUAUUUUAAGCAAUCCAAGAUAAAGCUCCAGUCAAUAAGAGACUCACCUGGGUGCAAUUACUACUGUUGUAAGCAUGUGGUGACAUCUAUGAAUUGAAAGAAGCAAUGAAACCAAAAGCUGAGAGAAUUCAAUGGCAUUUGUUGACUCCAGAAGAAUUUGAAUGGGAAAGAGAAAAGAGAAUUUCUUGUUCCUCCUUAAUCAAGGCAUUAGAUGAUUGGAGUGAUGUUUGGAUGGCUCACACCACAUGGACAAGUUAUUAGAAUAUGCUUAGAAUUUAUAAAUACUAUCAAUUCUCUGGUCCAAAUCCAUAUAGAGUUAGUUUCUCAUCAAAGCCAGGACUUUUGUAUUCCAAAGAUGAUUUCUAUGUUUUACCAGAUGCGAACAUGGUCGUCAUAGAAACCACAAAUUCAAUCUUGGAUAGCACACUCUAUGAUUUGAUUGUACCUACUACACUCUUGACCUGGUAAAGAGUUCCAAUUGCUCAUGCAAUUUCAAACGGGGGAGAGAAAUGGACAAGCACAUUUAUAAAACACAAUUCAGGAACAUAUAAUAAUCAAUAUAUCGUUAUUGAUCUUAAAGUAGUCAAGAAAAAUACACCUCCUGCUAAGGACUUCAUUUGGAUUUCUGAAACAGUUCCAGGAUUUGCUGUUGCCGAGGAUGUGACUGCCAAAGUGAUUUCAAAUGGAAAUUACUGGAAGAGUUAUAACAUUCCUUUUACAACUGAGGUUUAUGACAGAGCUGGUUAUACUGAAGCUGUUAAAAAGGAUCCAAUAAAAUACUCAUAUGAAUAAUGUCCAAGAGGAUAAAUGAUGAACAGAGAUGCUCCCAAAGUUAAGAGUUUGGAUGACAUGAAAAGAUUCAUCAGAUAUAAUGAUUACAAAAAUGAUGCAAUUUCAGGUAAUAAUCCUGGAAAUGCCAUCUCAAGUAGAUUAGAUUUAUUAGAAACUAAUCCAAAAGCUCAUGGAUCAAUUGAUGGAAAAAUAGCAUCCUUGGCUUCUGUUCCAUAAAAUAUUGCCUAUAUUUAAAGUGGACCUACCACCGAUUAAUAACCAGUAUUCAGUUGGACUCCAGCAUUCACUGGUAUUCAUUGGGGAUAACCAACAACAUUCAAUUUCCCAUGGGUUGAAGUUAAGGAACAUAAAGUCAUAUGAGUAAAAAAUAAUAUUAUCAAUAAUUAAUC